AUGCCAAUAACAGUCAACAACGGUCAAGGCUCACCAGCAACAGUCAACAACGGUCAAGACUCACCAACCAUAACAGUCAACAACGGUCAAGACUCACCAACCGUAACAGUCAACAACAGUCAAGACUCACCAACCAUAACAGUCAACAACGGUCAAGACUCACCAACCAUAAUCAACAACGGUCAAGACUCACCAACCAUAACAGUCAACAACGGUCAAGACUCACCAACCAUAACAGUCAACAACGGUCAAGACUCACCAACCGUAACAGUCAACAACGGUCAAGACUCACCAACCAUAACAGUCAACAACGGUCAAGACUCAACAACGUCCAACAACGGUCAAGACUCACCAACCGUAACAGUCAACAACGGUCAAGACUCACCAACCGUAACAGUCAACAACGGUCAAGGCUCACCAACCGCAGUCAACAACGGUCAAGACUCACCAACCAUAACAGUCAACAACGGUCAAGACUCACCAACCAAACAGUCAACAGCGGUCAAGACUCACCAACAUAACAGUCAACAACGGUCAAGACUCACCAACCGUACUCAACAACGGUCAAGACUCACCAACCAUAACAGUCAACAACGGUCAAGGCUCACCAACCGUAACAGUCAACAACGGUCAAGGCUCACCAACCAUAACAGUCAACAACGGUCAAGACUCACCAACCAUACAGUACAACAACGGUCAAGACUCACCAACCAUAACAGUCAACAGCGGUCAAGACUCACCAACCAUAACAGUCAACAACGGUCAAGGCUCACCAACCGUAACAGUCAACAACGGUCAAGACUCAUCAACCAUAACAGUCACAACGGUCAAGGCUCACCAACCAUAACAGUCAACAACGGUCAAGACUCACCAACCGUAACAGUCAACAACGGUCAAGACUCACCAACCGUAACAGUCAACAACGGUCAAGGCUCACCAACCGUAACAGUCAACAACGGUCAAGACUCACCAGCCGUAACAGUCAACAACGGUCAAGACUCACCAACCGUAACAGUCAACAGCGGUCAGACUCACCAACCAUAA